CAGCACAGCAAACUGCAUGAAGACACAGCGGCUUCCGUAAAUCACUGUCUGUCAGCUGAUCGCGGUUGCUGCUUGUUCAGACUAAGUUAUGUUAACACUCUUUUGUCGUGCAGCUUUGUAGUCAGUGUGAUUUAGGCUUUGGGACUCUAAACGCUUUAAAUCAUGGAUGAUUCAGACACCAGCGCUAUUCUUGCGGAGGACGAGUCGAGUGACUCCAGCAUAGUCUGUUGUUGUUUUAAGGUGCCACAAAGCAAACGUCCACCGCCAUGUUCAUGUCCGUUUUCCGUGACUGUGGAGCCCGUUAUGUUCCUUUCCAUGUUCUCCAUAGUUCUCCAGUGGCCCUUGAGCACGCAGUACCUGUGGGAUUGUAUCAGUGAAGAUGUGGGUUACAAUGGAACUAAAGGUGGAGGAUGUAAUGCAUCUACAGUCCACGACCCCCUGCAGAAGAAAGUGGAGACUCUGACUGCACACUGGAACCUGUACAUCAAUUUGGGUGGAUUUCUAGUUGGGUUGAUCAUGGUGACCCUGCUGGGCUCAUGGAGUGACCGUGCAGGUCGGCGUCUUGUUCUGAUCAUCCCUUCCCUUGGCCUGGCUGUUCAGGCAUCUGUGUAUUUGAUUGUAAUGUACCUGAAGCUGCCUGUGUUCUGGUUCCUCAUUGGGAGAAUCUGCAGUGGCCUGACCGGGGACUUCAACGCCAUUUUGGCCGGUUGCUUUGCGUAUGUGGCUGACACAAGUGGCAGAGGGUCUCGCACUUUUCGUGUAGCGAUAAUAGAGGCUUGUCUCGGAGUGGCUGGCAUAUUUGCAAGCGUCAUUGGAGGACAGUGGCGACGGGCACAAGGGUAUAUCAACCCAUUCUGGCUAGUACUGGCCACAAAUCUUGCAGCAGCGCUCUACGCAUACCUGUUUGUGCCUGAAACAGUCACCCCUGACCCCGAGGCAAAGCUCCUCUCUACCAGGCACCACCGGGCCAUCUUCCACCUCUAUUCUUCUGAUGCACCACAGGGACGCCGAACUAAACUGUGGCUCUACACUAUCUGCUUCUUUUUGGUGGUGUCUGUACAUUUCGGCUGCAGUGACCUUUAUGUGCUCUAUGAGUUGAGCGCUCCGCUCUGCUGGGGUCCAGGGCUGAUCGGUUAUGGCUCUGCGGCCAAAAAUCUGGCCUACCUCACUAGCUUGAUGGGGCUCAGGGCCAUGCAAUGCUGUAUGAAGGACACCUGGGUGGCUUUGGUGGGCCUUACCUCUAACAUAGUGGGAUUAAUUGCGAUUUCGUUCGCUAACACCACAGCUCUGAUGUUCACCGGAUAUGGCCUGUGCUUCCUUUUUAUGGCCUCUACCCCAGUCCUGAGAUCUAAACUGUCCAAGCUGGUAGACCCUUCAGAACAAGGUGCUCUGUUUGCUUCAGUAGCGUGUGUGGAAGGCCUGUGCUCACUAGUAUCUAGUGUGGUCUUUAACUCUCUGUACCCUGCCACCCUACACUUCAUGAAGGGAUUCCCUUUCAUCUUUGGGGCCAUCAUCCUCCUUAUUUCAGCUGCCAUUAUUGGAGGCUUGGGUUGCCAGGAGGAGAAAGAGUGCGGAGAAAACAGAGAAGGCUCUGGGAUAUCCUGAUUCUUUUAUUCAGCAAAUUGAUCAAAAGCGACAGUAAAGACACAUUAAAUUGAUCAAAAGUGAC